UUGUUUUGCAUAUAAUACCCCAUCUCUCUCUCCCUCCAAAAACUCUCAGGACGAAAAGUCCCCUCUUUUUUGUUUUUUAGUGUAUGUAUUUCUUUUUCUUGUCUCUUCUUACAAAAAAGAGAAAGAGAGUCAGCCAGCGAAAUAUAUAUAAACCCAGCCACACUUCUGUCUUAUCCUUCUUGUCCAUCACCCAAAAUCCCGCGAGCGUUCAGACAUAUAAUCUUUUGCUUCUUCUUUUGGCAUCAGCGUGGAGUAUUACAUGGGCACACUAUCUUAAUUUCGUUGUCAAUACUUCCUUUUUCUUUCUCCAUACCCCCCCCCCCCACAACAGUAUGAAACUUAUCUUGCUCUGGGGUGCGCGUUCAUGGGGGAAAAUGCAAAAACCAAAAUCAAAUCAUCCAUCUACCAAAAAUAAAAAGGGCGCAGCAUUGCGCGGAACAUGUGUGUGUGUGUGUAUAUGUGGCUAUUUCACUCUGAUACAAAUGAUCUCCCAUCCCAUCCCCCCCCCCCUUCUAAGCCCCCGCCCGCCGUUUAGCACAACCCAGUCGGAAUGCCGCGGCGGGGAAAGGGAGUUUAAGCCAAGAAAUGUACAUAUUAUCAUACCGAAAGAAAAAAAAGAUAAAACUCUAUAUCGAGUAUAGUUAUAUGAAAUCCCCAGUACAAUAAUCCUUUAUAGCUCACACCAAGCCCAAAG